GAUAUCAGGUAACCACCAAUCGCAUCCAACCUUGCUAUUUAACUACUCAAACAUAUCAACAAGUUCGAUCAUCUUCAGUAUUAUCAAGUUUAUAUCAUCUCAAUCAAUCAAACACAAUGAUUAAAAUCUGGUCCCUCAAAAAAGCCGACCAGGAGGCUGCUAAAAAGAAGCCAAAGACUAGUGCAGCCCAAAUCCGGGUUCAAAAAGAUAUUACCGAACUCGACCUACCGUCAACGAUGACCACUCACUUCCCUGAUCCAGCCGAUCUCCUCAACUUUACACUUACAAUCAACCCAGAUGAGGGCAUGUACAAAGGCGGAUCCUUCAUCUUCAGUUUUGUUAUCAACUUAAACUACCCUCAUGAACCUCCCAAGGUCAAAUGCACACAAAAAAUUUAUCAUCCGAAUGUAGAUGUAGAAGGCAACGUCUGUCUCAAUAUUCUAAGAGAAGAUUGGAAACCAGUGUUGAACUUGAACGCCGUGAUUGUUGGUUUACAAUACCUCUUCCUUGAGCCAAACGCAGAUGAUCCACUUAACAAAGAGGCGGCGAAUGAUCUACGAGCUGAUCGAUCAGCAUUUGAGCGUAAUGUAAGGAACAGCAUGGCAGGAAAAUCUGUCCGGGGGGAUGUGUUUGACUGCGUUUUGAAGCGUUAAGCUCAAUUUGAUCAUCUUAAGAUAAAUUUCUGGAGUGGAUGAAUUCAUAUCUCCUUCAUGUGUCGUUAAAUAUAUUCCGUGACAUUUUCAUUCUUACAUUAUCUUGACUCACUACUAG